AUUACAUAAGUACCCUCUUACAUUACUCCAUAAGAGAAGAUCUCACAUCUCUCCCCUAUCCUUUUCAACUACCACUCUCUCUCUCAAUCCGAUCGAUGAAGAUCAGGUGCGACGUCUGCGAUAAAGAAGAAGCGUCGGUGUUUUGUACCGCCGACGAAGCAUCUCUCUGCGGCGGCUGCGACCACCAAGUCCACCACGCUAACAAACUCGCCUCUAAACAUCUCCGGUUCUCUCUCCUCUAUCCUUCUUCUUCCAACAACUCCUCUCCUAUCUGCGACAUCUGUCAGGAUAAAAAAGCCCUGUUGUUCUGUCAACAAGAUAGAGCUAUUUUAUGCAAAGAUUGUGAUUCAUCGAUCCACGCAGCGAACGAACACACAAAGAAACACGAUAGGUUUCUUCUUACAGGGGUUAAGCUCUCUGCUACAUCUUCUGUUUACAAACCUACUUCAGAGUCUUCUUCUUCAAGCAACCAAGAUCUCUCUGUUCCUGGAUCAUCAAUCUCUAAUCUUCCUCUCAAGAAGCCUCUCUCAGUUCCUCCUCAGAGCAACAACAACUCCAAGAUCCAACCCUUUUCGAAGAUCAGCAGCGGUGAUGCGGCGGUGAAUCAGUGGGGAUCCACAAGCACGAUUUCUGAGUAUUUGAUCGAUACGUUACCUGGUUGGCACGUUGAAGAUUUCCUCGAUUCAUCUCUUCCUACUUUUGGUUUCAUCAAGAGUGGUGAUGAUGAUGGAGUGUUACCAUAUAUGGAAGCAGAAGAUGACAACACUAAGAGAAACAACAACAACAACAAUACAGUGUCACUUCCAUCUAAGAAUUUAGGGAUUUGGGUCCCUCAAAUUCCACAAACUCUUCCUUCUUCAUACCCAAAUCAAUACUUUUCUCAAGACAACAACAAUACACAGUUUGGGAUGUACAACAAAGAAACAACACCAGAAGUAGUGUCUUUUGCUCCAUUACAAAACAUGAAACAACAAGGACAGAACAACAAGAGAUGGUAUGAUGAUGGUGGCUUCACUGUCCCACAGAUUUCUCCUCCUCUUUCUUCUAAUAAAAAGUUUAGAUCGUUCUGGUAAUUUACUAUCUCCCUAAAUGGGGCUUUUGUUUGUUUGUUUCUCCAUUUCUCUCAACUUCGAUCUUAAUAGAAUUAGGCUCUCUCUAUUUUUGUGUUCUGUUUUUUUUGUAAAUUUGAGUGUGAUUGAGGUUUUGGUGUUUUAAUCUUUGUAAUAAUCCUAUAUUCUCUUUCCGUUAAUGCAAAUGUUUCUUGUACAAACGCC